CAUCAUUUUCCCUUUUCUCAGGUGUCAUUUGAAUUUUGGGAACCCGCUUCGGAGUGCUGCUACCGAGCAUUAUACUGCAUAGGACGAGUAACAUGGCUAGAUAGCCGUGGCAAGGAGCCUCUCUCACGUGUUUGCCACCUAGCAUUUCCUUGGAUGCCAGGCGGGUUUCUCUUCACAGAACAAAGGAGCAAAACUGAUGAGUUGAUGUCACGCGUUUUCUUUCACUUCGUCUCAACUAACGCUUUCUUCCCGCACAAGCUAGAUUCGGGCGUAUGCGAUUUCUUGGAAGCAGCAGGGCUGCUGCAAAGGAUUCAUGAGGCGUCGUCUGCGGGUGGGACGGGUAGGCCUUUUCGUGACGUAUGCGCGCGACUGCGGACGGUGAAAGGUUACUGUUUUCGUUUUUUUUCCGAGAGCGGGGGGCCUCCUAACCUAUCCGCGGGUAUCUGUGAUCUACAAGUGGUGGCCACUCCGUUUCUUUUCGGUUUCGUGCAACAAUUCUACGUUGUGUCUCGCCCCCUUACACGAGGAGACUCAAUCACCACCACCGUUUGUUUGAGAGAGACGCUUUUCAUAAGCUUAGCGACACCCGACGUACUUGCGAUAAGGACACGCUUUCUUUUCACUGUCGGUUUUUUCAAUCUGCUCAAGAACACUGUACUGUAGCUGUGCUGUUCCCCAUGCAGAGUCGGUGGGGUGCUCACGUCUAGUUGCUGAAGCGCUAGCCGAAGCCAAUGGCAGCUGCUGAUAGAUUCACUUCUCUGGAAGUUUGCCGUGUAGUUUGCUUUCCUGUACCCUUCUGUGGAGAUCUGCAGAGCUCUCACUUCGUUGUUUUUCCGUGCCUUGUGGUUUCCCCGGUCAAUCCAUCAAGAAGUACUUCGCGGUAUCGGUCAACCCGCUGGUCUGAAGUGGUUUGUCAGCAGACACGCUGCGACCUCAGAGAAACCCGCCGCAACUUCCGUAUACACCAAUAAAGUUAACAAAAAAUUGCAAUUCAGUCAUACAUCCUGUUCGAGCAUCGGGUUUUCCAGGUCCUACGAGCUAGCUCGUCCAGCCUGUUCCUUGGACACUUCUCGUGUCAAAACUCGCCGGUGUCUCCACCUCGUUCGCUACCCAGGAAGCCAUGUUUCCAGGAUGUCAAUUCUUUCGAGCGUGACAUGCAACACGGCGCGUUCCUCUGCGUCCGUCACAGGGGGAAAGAACCGCCGGAACUAUCCCCGAGAGAUGAUCCGUUUGCGGCCUGGACACUACCGGCGUUUCGCGGCAGGCAAUCGGUUUGCGCUCUACGACGUUUUCUUCGCGUGUUCCGUUUGCCACCGUCCCCCGCCGUACCGGGUCGUUGACGCGUGGCCGUCAGACCCGCAGUCCACGAGUCGCAAGGCGCGAAAGCACUCUUUCAAGAAAGCCGCAUCCCAGACCGGUGCUCCCCCGCGGCGCGCCACGUCGAACCGUUACUUCCCCCCCGCCGGCUCUGCCCAAGUCCCGAUGCCGCCCUCCAGUUACCCAGAGCCGCCCAUGGAACUCCCGCCACCCGAGCCGGUGUCUGACCGCGCGUCUCCUCCGACGGUCGCGGACCCGGAGCCGGAAAAUCCCGCACCAGCCACACAUGUGAAACGGAGCAAGUGGUCGCUGAAGGGCAGGAAAUCUUUGAAGAGCAAGUUGACUGGCGCCGACGGCUCGCCGGCGGACGUCAGCCGGUCGUCCGUAGCCGGAAGCGACCCUCAGAGUCGGACGCUCGCCUCGAAGUUGCUUUCGCGGUCGCUCUUUGGGUCCGAUGCGCCCAAACGCACGGGCACUUUGUCAACAGGCUCGGAUGGGACACCGCCGGACGUACAGUCCGUUCGUGCAGCAGAAGCGAUUCCCCUGGAGCCCCCGAAACUGUCGCCGCCUGGAGAAACUCGGGGCCCCCCGACUCUCCGCCACACCCUCAGCCGGAAGAAGUCCGACAAAGGCGGCGAACCCGCGCAAAAAAUCGUCGUGACUGUGGGCGCGUUGAAAGGAAUGUACAAGGGAGAAUUGGAUGGACAAGCUCAGCUGUUCCUUCUGUGUGGCACGACGCAAGACAAUCUCGAACAGCUCCUCAACCACGUCCGCAACAAGUCACCUUUGAUUCCCUUCACGUUGCCGUCGUCAGGAGCCUUCGCCGUUGACUUCAAACACGAGUUUGUCCUUCCACUCGGCGACCCACCUCCCCCGGGCAUGCGGGUCAGCGUUGUGUGUACGAGAGAGACAACGCGUGUCGAUCAGGAUGGGAAGAAACGGUUUAGCUGGAGACUGAACGAUGUAGGAAGCAUCGUCUCUCCAUUUCGCGAUAUGACAACUUCUCAGACGGUCGACUGGGACGUGUACCCUCUGAAGUUAAACAAACAGUCCGGUUUCGAAGCGGAAAACGUUGUCCUGGAAGCCAAGUUUUCUCUUUGUCCCGAUUCCAGCGGCCCGCCAGUCCCGCCAGAUGAAAUCGAAGCGUUCACACCUCCCAAGCCCCGCAAGGCGAAGAUCAAGAAGGAGGCAAAACACCAAGCAGCGGCUCCCGUGGAUGUCCCACGGCUUCAUCUGGCUGAGACGGCGACAGAUGUUGAGAAGAGGAAACGACAUUUUCGAUUGUCAACAAACUCAUCGAAAAAGGACGAGGCUGAAUGCCGGGAAGUGUCGUCUCGUCCGCUUUCGGAGUCGAGCGAUGCACUGUCUCUCCGCUCCUCGUCGUCGAUCAUCGAGCGACUAGAAAGAGCGUUACGGGAACACUCGGCGAGCACCGAAAGACUAAACCAGUUCCUGGAAGAAUACCAGAGACGCAAGGAAACGUCUUCGCGAAGCGAAAGAAAACGAGUUUUCGACACGCAUGUGCGGCCAUAUCAGCAGACACCUGAGAGCGUUUCAAGCCUGUCGGACCCCCCGCAGAACCGCCGGUACGGUGAUGACGAAAGCGUAUUCAGUGGGAGGACCGGCGCGGAUGCGGCAAAUCAGAAACGGACGGAAGACCGGGACGUGUAUUGUCGUCAGGAGAAACUGUCUUGGGGUUCGAGCACUUCGAGUGAUGGAACCUUCCGGCUAACGCGGCGGCCUUCUCAGACGUCGAAGCGGGAGUUCUCAGACGACGCGGAGUCAGAAGGAGGUCCUCAGUCCCGGGUUCCCCAAGCGUCUUCGUGUCAUUCGAACAACAGAACAAACGGGGCAUUUCGUGUGAAGGGGAACCUUUCUGAUGGAUAUGAGGCGUUCGCGAACACAGAAGGUACACGGGGUGAGAAAAAGACGAGUGAUCUCCAGAGAUCCAGCCAAAGCGACAGUCGACAGAGUGGCUCGCGAGAGAUUUUCGAGGCGACCAAGGGAGGGUUUUCUCGAGCCCGUAAAACAGAGAAAUUGGAGACAUUCGAGGAUUUUGAAACGUCCGAACUGGACGGAUUCGGAGUGUUUGGGACGAGCGUUUUACACGCCCCGCUCGCGGAUUCCUCGGUCUCGAGUCUCUCCAUUUCCCCCCCGUCGAGCAGCCGAUCUAGGGAGCCAUGCAAGUUGUAUUCUGCCAGGGUAGCAACUUUGAAGGAAGUCAGGUACCCAAGCGACCGAGGCAUUGCAGGUCGUGCGGUUACAGUCAAGGGAAUGCGGAGGUUUCCGCCUCCGAAGAGAAGUGGAGGAAAACAGGGAUCCGGGAGUGGCAUUGAAACGCCCGCAAGAGAAUCGGACUGUGUUCGUAACCGAAGUGACGCGAACGUUUUAGCAAGCCGCGGAUGUGCGGAUUCUGUCUACCCGCGGAUCUCUCCACAGAGAUCCAAGCAUUUCUAAGUAAUCUGCGUCCAUCUCGCGAUUGCAAGCAACUGCGCACAGUCGUGGGCGUCGACACAAAAUGAGUUAAAAUUCAUUAUUUCAAUAGGGGCACACUGCAUAUUUCUUUGGUAGUGUGGUGCUCAGUUGCGGGCGUAAAAACCCGCACGUGUUUGCCAGGUCCAUGUUUGAAAAAUGCGUUUUCCAAGCAAACCCGUGGUCGUUCUGUAAACCCUAAACUGUGACCUGCCUUCCGCUUAUGGGCUACCCCGAGUGUGUUGAUAUGUUCAACAAACGUGGGAACGCGUUUUGAUAAAUGGAGUCAGUUGUCUGUUCUCUUCCGUGCAAUUUUCAGUUGGGGAAUCGUUUGAAGAGAGUGGCUUUCGGCUGCCCUGUGGCCGGAACAGAAAUCCGGAAAUUGACCUACUGUGAAUUGCAACUCAAACCUUUUGGUACCGUCGAGGGUAACUUCCUUCCCUGAAUUGACAGUCAAGUGGUGAAGCACAAGAGGCAAAUUCGAAAUAGAUGCAGAACACGUUGGCGAAAAGAAAAUCCAGUGAGGAGGACCGUGAAGCCUUGCGGGUGCCUUUUUGGGGCAGCGAACCACGGUGGUCAUGGUAGGGGUGUGCUACCCGAUAAUUGCGGCUUGUUAAACCCAUCGGGGACCUAAAAGAUAGUUGGAUAGUAAGAUGGAGCGUGGGCACUCGGACGAAACAGUGUGAUCCAGUGCCAGUAGAAAUAUGAGCCGAUUCAACGCCGAACAUACGCGUUCUUGAUGUUUUUUCUUUCACGACGUAUUCUGUGUCCGGGGCGGACUCUCGUUCGAAAGCGCAGGACUCUACAGUUGUCAAACGAGAGACACUCUUUGGUCACGAAAUCGUGACUUUCGAAUACUCAAGAGAGUGGGUAUAUCUCUCCCUUCUGCCCACACACAGCGACAAGCUCUGGAAUACAAAGAUCUCUUGAUUCGCACGCGUAUUUAUCCACGUAGGAACCACGAUAGAAGAGCUGCGUGGAGAAAUACGAGGCUGAACGGACCUGUGACAACACUGACAACGGGCGUGUAACUGCGGUGCGACUGUUCUGUUUGCAUGUCGAAGAACAGCGGCGCUCUCUACAGCUUCAGAAUGCAGGAGGUACACUCCGAACCACCUGAUGCGUAGCAGUGACCCACUGAUUGUCACGCAAGAGAACUUCAAAAAACAGGGAAAACGUCC